AGCAAGUAUCUAGUGUUCUGCCUGGCUCUUCUCUGUCUCGUCAGUUUCGUGUUUUACACGAAAAGAUUUCACUGGUACUGCUCUCCACGAGCUGCACAAGAACUAGUCCCCGUUCAAAUAUCGCCUGCGGUGGUUGUGAAUGCAGCAUGCUCUUCUCCGGUGGUACGGCGGCCGGCGGGAGGUCUCGUGGUGGCGUUUCGAUUCUGGGAGCAGCAGACACAGGCCAUGAAGAGCCUGGUGCAGCUGCAGUGCCUCGCCAGUCGCAUGGGAUUACGAGUCGUGGAGCCGUUUCUGUACGGCUCGCUUCUUGGCCUCCAGCCGGAGGCGUUGAACGGCGAAGGCUACCCUCACCUGAGCGAGUUGGUCGACGUGGACGUCUGGAACAGAGAGACCACUAGCAAGUUCGGUUUGUUUCCGCUGGUAAAGUGGUCAGAAUUUAUCAGGAUCCCCGCACCAGGGUUUAGUUACACCGCCGGCUGCCCCGCCGCUUGCUUCGACAAGUUCAACAAAUCGGUUACUGCUCUAGCUCAGUAUGGCCGGUUUAUAGUUGUUCGGAGGGCCUGUGUAAAUUUUCUUGAUUACGCUGGUGUU